GUUUGUGCUGCAGAGUCACAUGAGUCGAGUCAUGUUUUCAAAAAAUCUAGACAACUCACAUAUUUAUAACACUGACUAGAGACAAUCGAACUAGCUUACUAAGGCAACAGAAACACACGACAGAAAAGCUUUUUUUAAAUGAUAAAAGGUAAUACGCGUAGAAUUCCAGAAUUCAAGAUGCAGAUGGAGAUGAUAGAGGUUCCUAAGGAACUUAGAUGUCAUAUUAUAGGUAAAAAUGGACGGAAAAUAAAAGAAAUAAAACAGAAGUCCAAUGCAAAAGUGAAAAGCGUCGAAGAAGGUUUUCGCGUUACAGGAACAGAGGACCAAGUCAGGAUGGCAAAAGGCAUGAUCGAGUCAAUCAGGGAAGCAAGGUACCCUCUUAUAGCGAAAGACAGAGUCAGCAAGGAAAUUCAAGUCCCUCUUUACAUGAAACGCUUUAUGACUUGUCACAACAAAAGACAAAAAUUGCCAACAUUCGACGAAAUUAGAGAAAAGACAAAAACUGGAAUAGAGGGCACAGAAGAAGGUUUGUGUCUGAUUGGAAUUAAAMAGGAACAUAUACAAGCAGCUGAAGACAUGAUCAACGAAUUGCAAGAUAGGAUAAAGGAUAGUCUUCUGUGCGUGAAAGUUCCUGACGAUCCUACGAUCAUUCCAUUGGUCAUUGGUGAGAACGGGAAAAAUGUAAUAGAACUACAGGAGGAAACACAGACUUACAUACAAGUAGAAGAACCGUACUUUUACAUCCAGGGCGAAACUAAAGAACAGCAACACAAGGCUAAACUGAAGAUCAAAGAAAUGGCAAGCAGCAAGAGAAAGAUGAAGGAAUUUAAGAUAACAGGAUAUCAAACCAUGACGUUUGUUGAUGACUGGUUUGUUAAUGGUGAGAGUGACGAAUUCUCUUUAAGACUUAUGGAAAAUCCCCCUUCGCGUUGGCUAGGAUGUCACUAUAAGAUAGUUGGUAAAGCCAAAGUAAACGUAUCUACUGAGGAAAAUAGAAAUGAAGGGCUAGUAAAUCUAUUAUGUGAAAGAAUUCAUCAAACUCUGAGGCAACUUCAUGAGCGUCACGACAGAGAUAGCUUUCAAAUUGACUUUUUGUGUCAAUAUGGUAACGUUUAUGUGAAAGACGUUGAUGAAGCGGAUAAAGAAAGUCCAAAAUACUCUGUAAAAGAGCUUAAGACGAACCUAAAAGAGCAGUCCGAAGCGUGGAAGACGAGUUUUGAUGGAGGACUUAAACAACUAGACGUUGAUAAUCUCGUGGAAGCACUUUCAUCAGAUAAAGAGGACGCCGUGCCACCUUUCACAAGAUAUGAUUUUUCUAUUAUUUCUCCAUCUUGCAGAAAGAUCAUUAUGAAGGUGUAUCUAAGGGAAGAAAAUGGAGAGUUAAAAUAUUCACGUCUCGAUCCUGAGAUUGAGAUUCAGGGAGGUUCUUAUAAACUAGUGGAUCCACCUGUUCAGCAUAUGAAAAUCCACGUUAUUCUGCUUAACACAGAUAUAGACUGUAGUCUUCUUAUUCAAACAAAAUUCAAAAAGGGCUCGUAUACUCCCGAAGACGGUGACGAUGAGCUCAAUGUUUUGAUGAAAUUCCUGGACGAACGCUUGAAAUUGAAGAACGGAAGUCUGGAUCUUGAUUUGAUAAAACCGAAUGACUUCCCCAAAGACUAUGAUUUAAAUUUCUGGCGCAAGUCCGAGCGAAGGAUCUUUAAGGAUGACGGCUUUACGAUCACAGUAUCUAAAGAGGAAUCAGAAAAUGUCAAUGGAUUUGAGCUCGGAAAGAAUGUCGUCCACAAGAAAGAUGUGCAGAUUCAUCUUAACAACUCAGAUAAGAAGUUAUCCAUUCAAAAAUGUCAGAGCGCACAAACAAGUGAGGAUGCUGUCAAGAAUCUUAACAACUCGGAUGAGUUAUCCUUACAGAAAGAGCACACAGGAAAGUAUGUGCGAAAAGUUUUAUCGUUUGCAAGAACGGUACAUCAACAUUUCUUUUGAUGCGGCAAAAGAUGUUACAGUAUAUCUUCAAAACUUUUAAGAGUUAAAGCACCUACUAAAUAGUUUAUAUUCGUUUAGUUUUAUUCCUGCAGACGAAUAUUCAAUUAGAUAAUUGGGUUUCAAUAUUUAGCACUACGUAUAGCACUAUAUAACGCGAGGGAUCUCUGGUCUGUCGAGCCAACUCGUUUUAUUGAACCUCGUCUUAGACGUUUAUACAAGUUGAGGCAGAUCUAACUACACAAACUAGAGCAGAGUCAGGUUGACCAGAAGGACUUUCCUUCGUCGGUGUGGCUGUCAGUCGGGAUUCCUUACUCGGCCACUGUCCUUACUUAGGUCUGUACCUCCCAGUACAACCCGAACUACAACCUUAGCCUUAUUCACAACUAUUAAAGUAAAAGAUUGAAUACACA